AAUAAUUUUUUUCCUUUUUUAUACAUAAAAUCACAAUAUCUUAUUUUAUUAAAUUUUAUUUCUUUCCAGAUUAUCCCUCAAUUGGAGAAACUAUCAUUAGUAAGGGAUGACAUUGCAAUGAUAUGUGAGCAUGAAUCCAAACAAGACAUCAUUUUCAAUGGUAAAGUUCUUCAAAUUCGAGACUAUCUUGAUGAUGAAUUAGAUGUUUUACCUGUUGGAUUCCUAAAAGGGUUCUGCUAUCUAGAAAAUCUCAUUGUGAGAAAUUGUUAUUUUAAAGAGUUGUUCCCUUCAAAAGGAGAAGUUGAAGAACAAGAGAAACACAUUGAGAUUGAGACUCUCUCAAGGAUUAAAACAUUAAAUCUGGAGUACCUUCCAUAUCUUAGGCAUAUAUGGAGCCAUGACUCAUCAAGUGUCCUUCAAAAUCUUGAAACUCUUGAUAUAUCCAAAUGUGAUAGUUUGAUUAUAUUAUCAACUUCAAUUUCAUCUUUCCAGAAUCUCACCACUUUGAGUGUAACAAGUUGCAAAGGGAUGAUAUAAUUGGUUUCAGUCUCAACAGCGCAAAGCCUGGUGCAGUUAGAAAGUAUGACUGUAGAUUACUGCACCAUGUUGACUGAAAUAGUUGGAAAUGAAGGAGUUGGAAUGCAAGAUUAUAUCAUGAUCACUUUUACUAAACUAAAAUUUUUGACACUUCGAGAGUUGCCAAGAUUAGAAAGCUUUUGUUCAGAAAAUUUCACCUUCAAAUUCCCAUGUUUGGAAAAGGUAACCGUCUAUCAAUGCCCCAAGUUGAAAAUCUUUAGUGAGGGAGACCUAAAUACACCAUUGCUACAAAGAGUAUCAAUUGAAAAUGAGGACAAGUACCAUUGGGAAGGUGACCUUAAUACCACCAUACAACGAAUGUACAUGGAAGAGGUUGGAUUUGUUGGAUUACAAAGUUUGAUGCUAUCAGAGUUUCCGAAGUUCAUGGAAACAUGGCAUAUCAAGAAUCCUCAAGAACUCUUAGAUUUCAGACAGCUUGAGGUGCUUGAAAUUUAUAAUUGUAGCAACUUCAGGUACCUGUUAACCCAUUCCAUGGUCAUGGGCCUUGUGCAACUCUUGCAAUUAAUAGUAAAAAACUGUGGGACAAUGGAACAAGUGAUAAUGGGAGGAGCGAAAAAUAAAAUGGAACUCCCACAUCUUUGGUUGAUCAAUCUAGAGUCUUGUAUAGAUUUGACAAGUUUCUAUGUGGGAAGUCAUAGUCUUGAGCUUCCAAGAUUAAGUGAUUUUAUUGUAAAGGACUGCCCAAAGAUGGUCACAUGUGCUGCUUCUGCAUCCUUAGAAGAGCACAACCAAGGGGAAUCUCAAUACCUCCUUAGCAGUAAGGUGGAGACUCCCAACUUGGAGUUUUUGAGUCUGUCUUCAAAUAACAUUCAGGGAAUUUUGGACAAUUCAAUUCCAGAAAUCUCUUCUUGUGUCCAAAAUUUAAGAAAGUUGUGCUUGGAGGGUUGUGGUAAUUUGAAAUAUCUAUUGACAUCCUCCAUGGUUAAGACUUUUGAGCCAUUGAAUUGGCUUGAGAUUCGAGAUUGUAAUAUGAUGAAAGAGGUAAUACUUGCAGAAGAAUCAACAGAUGAGGAAAAGAUGUGCAAGAUUUUCUUCCCUAACCUGGAGUUCCUACUACUUCAAGACCUUCCAAAACUCACAAGAUUUUGUUCUGGAAAUUACUUGGAAUUACCAUGCCUUUGGAAACUUAAGAUAAGCAAGUGCCCUGUGUUGAAGACUUUCAUCUCUAGCUUUAUUUUUGGAGAUAUGAUAGCCAGUUUUGAAAAUGUCAAAAACACUUGUACACAUUCUCUCUUUGAUGCAAAGGUGGCAUUCCCCAAAUUAGAGCGUUUGGUAAUUGAACAUGUGAAGAGUUUGAAUAAGAUAUGGAAUGACCAACUUGAAGUAGAUUCUUUUUGCCAACUAACUUUGGUAAGUGUGGUUUCAUGUGAAAAGUUAAUGAAUAUUUUCCCAUUUAGUAUGGUGGAAACGCUUCAGAGACUAGGCAAUCUCCAAAUAUGGAAUUGUGAUUCACUUGAAGAGAUACAUGAGUCUCAAGAACCUGGUGUCAGCCAAUCACAAGCUCAAAAGGCCACUCCACUGCCUUUGUUGGAAAUGGUCACAUGCUUGGAGGAUGAAGUGAAGGAUGGGAUUGUCUUUAGCCAACUCAAGUAUUUGCAACUUUGUGGUCUGCCUAGACUUUCAAGCUUUUGCUCGAUUAAAUGCAAGUUUGAGUUCCCAUUUUUGGAAGAGGUGAUUUUGAUGGAUUGUCCCAGUAUGCAGACUUUCUCUAUGGAUGAAAUAAGAACGCCAAAACUACAGAAAGUAAAAUUGACUAGGGAUGAAGAUGAAGGCUUUUGGGAUGGCAACCUAAACUCAACCAUACAGCUACAGUUCAUACAAAAGGUAUGCAUUAAUUCAAAAUAUUGCCUUAGGUUUACUUCUUUUGAGUUCUAUCUAUUUCUCUUUUCCUUUUAUUACACAAAUCUUCAUUUAGAGUCUUCAAAAUAACAGAGAAAACUAGAAGGGUAUGAAUGAAUGCUUCAUAGAUCAUGAUUUUGAAGAGGAAAAUUUUUGCUACAAAUUUUCUUUUCAACUCCAGUAAUGUUUUGUUGUUGUGUCUACAGAGUCAAUGUGACUCUGAAAACUGAGAUCGAAGAAAUUGUGGAUCAUGUCUUUUCCAAGUGAAGUUUGAUGGUCUGAAUGGUGUACGCAUAAGUUGGAUGUGAAGUUGUCACAUUGCUUGGUGCCCAGAAUGUUACCUCACCAACUAAAACUGAUCCCUUUUUUCUACCCAAUAAAAAAAAAUAAAUAAAGAAAAAGAAGACAGUUCUUUUCUAUUUCUCGUACACUUGUGCGACUUGUUUUAUGUAUUAUUAAAUUCGUGCAAAGCCUUUAAAUUCAUGUGUUGUUUUAUAGUAUUAAAGAGAGAAUAUCCUUCAAGAAACAAAUGUUGCUUUC